GCGGAAAUGAGCGCGGCGGCGGUCCUGAGGCCGAGCGGACGCGUUUCUGGUGGCUUCUGCAGGCUUCUUCUCUAACGGACUCUGAGCCUUUGCCUCCUGCUGUCAAGAGGCUUCACCUUAGGGGCUCUGUCUUGUUCAUCGCUGUGUCAAGAGCUGCCAGCUGGGGACUCGGAGUGUAGGAGGUGGUGGAUCUUUCCCAGAGUUCAGCUAUGGGUGUCAGAGGUUUGCAAGGAUUUGUGGCAAGUACCUGCCCGCACGUGUGUACAGUGGUCAAUUUGAAAGACCUGGCAGCGCAGCACCGAAGCCGGCAUCCCGGGUGUGCUCCCACCGUGGUGGUGGAUGCCAUGUGUUGUCUCAGGUACUGGUACACUCCAGAAUCCUGGGUCUGCGGCGGCCAGUGGCGAGAAUACUUUUCUGCUUUGCGAGACUUUGUGAAAAGCUUCACAGCCGCAGGCAUCAGGCUGGUGUUCUUCUUUGACGGCAUGGUGGAGCAGGGCAAGCGGGGCGAGUGGGUGAGGCGGAGGCUGAAGAACAGCAAGGAGAUCAGCAGGAUUUUCCAUCACCUCAGGUCGCACAGGCAGCAGCCCGGCAGAAACAUGUUCUUCAUCCCCUCGGGCCUAGCCCUGUUCACGCGGUUUGCCCUGAAGGCUCUGGGCCAGGAGACUUUCUGCUCCUUGCGGGAGGCAGACUACGAGGUCGCUUCCUACGGUCUCCAGCAUAACUGUCUCGGGAUUCUUGGGGAAGACACAGAUUACUUAAUCUAUGACACUUGCCCCUACUUUUCUAUUAGCGAGCUCUGUCUAGAGAGCCUGGACACGGUGCUGCUCUGUAGAGAGAGACUCUGUGAGAGCCUGGGCCUCCACCUGGCAGACCUUCCUCUGCUGGCCUGUCUCCUUGGCAACGACACCGUCCCGGAGGGCACGUUUGAAAGCUUUCGGUACAAGUGCUUAUCCUCCUAUACGUCUGUAAAAGAAAACUUUGACAAAAAAGGCAACGUUAUCUUAGCUGUGUCAGAUUAUAUAGCUAAAGUUCUUCACUUGCAUCAAGGUGAGAAAAAAUUAGAAGAUAUAUUACCUUUGGGACCAAACAAAGCUCUUUUUUAUAAAGGAGUGGCAUCGUAUCUUUUGCCAGGACAGAAAUCUCCAUGGUUUUUCCAGAAGCCCAAAGGUAUAAUAACUUUGAACAAACAAGUAAUAACCGUGAGUUCAGACCCUGAACCCAAGCAAGAUGUUCCCAUGUGUACAGACCCUGAAUCCCAGCAAAAUGUUUCCGUGUGUACAGACCCUGAAUCCAGGCAAGAAGUUCCCAUGUGUACAGACCCUGAAUCCGGGCAAGAGGUUCCCAUGUGUACGGACCCUGAAUCCGGGCAAGAAGUUCCCGUGUGUACAGACCCUGAAUGGAAGCAAGAAGUUCCUGUGUGCACAAAUCCUGAAUCCAAACAAGAAGUUCCCUUAUAUGCAGAUCCCGAAUCCAAGCAAGAAGUUUCCGUGUGUACACACCCUGAAAUCCAGGAAAAAUUACCUGUAGCAAUAGACGCUGAAUUUAAGCUAGAAGCUUCUGUUUGUACACACCCUGAAAUUGAACAAGAAGAUGCCAUGAGUAUGGGGCCUGAAAUAAAGCAACAAGUAACCAUGGUUUCAGACACAGAAAUCUUAGAGGUUGCUAGAACCCGUCACGUCCAAGCAGAAAGCUACCUGGUGCACAGCAUCAUGAGCAGUGGCGAAAUCGAGUGCAGCAACACCCUGGAAGACGAGCUGGACCAGGCCCUGCCCAGCCAGGCCUUCAUCUACCGUCCCGUCCGGCAGCGCGUGUACUCGCUCCUGCUGGGCAGCUGUAAAGAUGGCGUCAGCACCUGCCCGGCCGUCAAGGAGUGGUUUGUGUACCCUGGGAACCCACUGAAGCACCCGGACCUCGUCAGGCCCCUGCCGAUGACUGUCCCAGGCGGCAUGCCGAGUUUGAAAAUGCUGUGGCUGAACCAGGAGCCAGAAGUGCAGGUCCGGCGCCUGGACACACUCCUGGCCUGUUUCAACCUGUCGUCCUCCAGAGAAGAGCUGCAGGCCCUGGAGAGCCCACUCGCAGCUCUGUGCUGCCUCCUCAUCUACCUGUUUGUCCAGGUAGACACCCUUUGCCUGGAGGAUUUGCAUGCGUUCAUCGCCCAGGCCCUGUGCCUCCAAGGAAAAUCAACUGCGCAGCUGGUGAACUUACAGCCCGACUAUGUGAACUCCAGAGCUGUGCAGCUGGGCUCCCUGCUGGUCCGCGGCCUCACCACCCUGGUCCUGGUCAACUGUGCGUGCGGCUGCCCCUGGAGGACCAGCGAGUUCAUGCCCUGGCACGUGUUUGACGGGAAGCUUUUCCAUCAGAAGUACCUGCAGGCUGAGAAGGGAUACAGUGUGGAAGCUCUUCUAGAACAAAACAGAUCUCGGCUCACCAAAUUCCACAGCCUGAAAGCCGUCGUCUGCAAGGCCUGCCUGCGGGAGAACAGGCGCAUCGUGGCCCGGACACACUGGGGCACGCACCACACAGGGAGGUGGGGAAGACAGGGCUCCAGCUCCCACCGGACGGACUCUGGGCACAGCCGCUCUGGCCAAGGACAGCCGUGGAGGGACCAGGGACCAGGAAACAGACAGUAUGAGCAUGACCAGUGGAGAAGAUACUAGUCAUCCUCCGGGUAAGUUCUUCACCUCCAUCUUGAAAAGAUAUUAGUAAAACAUCUGUCUUUAUUUUCAAACUUUAGCAUUCAGGUGGUAAAUCCUACUGACCUGGUACUGAGUUAACUUGGUUUCAAGCUAAGUUUUCCCCCAGAAAAAGUGUGGUGAGAAAAACCCACAGGUCUGGACCCUACUACAGCCCUGACGUUGCCCUUGGCAGAGGCCCCAGGAGACCCUGCUCCGGAGAGGGUGGCCCGUGGGGCCAGACCUGCUUUGAUUAACAGAAGGACACGCAGGCCAGUGGCUUCUCCCCACCUUGAGUAACAAGCUGUCGUCUUGUUUCCUGAGGGUGAGCCUGACUCCAUGGCCCAAAACUGCCAUUGUCAACGGCUCAGGUUUCAUUCUAAUCUUUUCACUCAUGUAGAUGAGGCACAGUUGCUUUCUGUCUUCAAUAAACUGGAGUCUUGCUGUGUCCUAACCCUAGACUGGAAACCUGGUGUCCCAUAGCUACAUAGGAGUCCCCCUUAGCUGUGGGGGAUACUUUCCAAGCCCCCCAGUGGAUGCCUCAAACGCUUACACACUGUACUGAUUUCCCAUGUGUGUAUAGCUAUGGUAGAGUUUAGUGCAUGGAUUAGGCACAACUUUCACACUAGAACUAGAACAGUCACAACAGUUUAUGAAAGUGGCGCGAACGCAGUGUCUCUCUCGUGUCUUACUGUGCUUUCCUCACCCUUCCUCCUGGGGUCUGUCGACUGGCCUCCUGCACUGGCUGUGGAGGCUGCAGCGAGGACAGCUGGACAGAGGGACGGUCCCCGUCCUGUGCGGAACAGAGCGGGAAGCCGAGCGAUUUCAACGACUGAGAGUGGCGUGCAAUU